UUCUCUUUCAACUCCCAUCACCCUGACGUUCCGAUCUGACUUAAGUCAAAUUUCUCCUUUAUGUUGUUGCAGGGUUGUGAGGUUCAUCAAAGACACAAUCGUGGAUCGUUCAAGCUAUGGCCCCGUCCCAUUCUCGUCAGUUGCUAGUGUGGACAUUGCCAACAGUUGCCGCUCUACUCAGCUAUUUGUGGUUCAAAAGGAAGAGAAUUGGUGCUCGAAGUGACCCAGGCGAAAACAGUUCAGAAGCCGAAGAGAAGGGCGUUCAAACCGAACAGGCGAAGUCGGCGGAUAUUGUAGAAGACAUUGACGGUGGUGAUUCGUCGCCGUCUAGUCCUAAUAAGACUUUCUCUAGAUCGUUGUCCGGUGUGGAAUCCACGCCGAUCGAUAUUAUCAUACCCCCCGAGCUCAGAGCCACUAAAUCUACAUCAAGAAUCGUUUCCGAUGAAGAAUUAGACUUGGAAAUCGAGAAAAUCAAAUCGAUGAAGAACGGAGCCUUGUUUACCACCAAACCGGAUUCCCCUCACGUUUUAAUAGCCUCAUCAAAAUCUACCGGCAAAGAACACAACAGUAAACCUUCAAAAAAGAAAGCAUCCAAGAAGGAAUCUGGUAAGAUGGCUCAAAAAGAUAUAGCCAUCGUCGAAGAGAAGUUGACCAGUUUGAAGGUGAAGAAUAACAAGGAGGUGCAUAAGAAGAGAGAUAAUAAGAAUAGUAAGAAUAAUGCAAAUAAAGAGAACGAGGAUAUAUUGCAAAGACAAAACAGCGAAAGAGAUUCGGCUAAUCACAGUCCGUCGGACGUGAUGCUGGCCAGUCCUUCUUUGAGCAGCAUUUCAGAUAAUCAUAGCGAGGGUUCGAGCGACAGCGGCAAAGGGGGCAGCGACGUCGCAACCCCACCCCCGUCUCGCAUCCCCGGCAUCAGCGUAUCCUCCAACGUGCCGACCUUCUACGAGUUCAUCCUUCACCAAUCGCUGGUGGGGAAAUUGAUUGGAAGACACGGCUGUUUCGUUACCCAAAUCAAGGACAAAACGAACGCCAUGAUCAUAGUCAGAUCGCAUCCCAACAACGGCAAAUUGAAGGUUUGCUCCGUCGAAGGUACCAAAAGCGAGAUCGAAAACGCUUUGAAGAUGAUCAGGGAUAAGUUCCCGCUCAAAAGGUAUCCCGAAGUGACUUUGGAACAAGUGGAUUUGACGCCUGAAGUACCGACGGUGUCUUUGAUCCCAGAUCACUUAUAUUUAAAACUAAUAGAAGGCAUCAACAACGACACAGUCCUGAGCUGUCUCGUCGCUCCCAACCACCUGUUCCUCCAACAACCCACGCAUCCCUCCUUCCCCAGUCUCAAUAUACUCACCAAUUGCAUGAACGCGUGCUACUCCCAAGCCGAAUCACCCCUUCUACCCACCCCUAUUACAGAAAACACGCUGUGCGCAGCGUAUUCGGUCCACGCGUGGUACAGAGCGAUAGUGCUGUCAUCUGACACCGAAACCGAUACGUCGUAUGUCAAAUUUUUGGAUUACGGUGGAUUCGCGUACGUGGAGAACUCCAAACUUCGACAGAUCAGAGGGGACUUCAUGUUGCUUCCCUUCCAGGCAGCCGAGUGCAUGUUAGCUAAUGUUAAAUCUUUAAAUGAGGACGGAUCCUGGCCCGAAGAGGCGUAUAAUUUAAUAGCAGACGUCGCAAAAGGUUCGAUAAUGUACACACAAGUAGCAGACUAUACCAGUGACGGAAUUCCACUAGUAUUAAUAUACGCAGUCAUAGGAACUCAGAACGUAAUAUUCUUGAACCAGCACUUGGUCGACAAUGGUUUCGCAGAAUGGGUGCCGCUGGACGACGUACAACCCACUUCACAGGAGACCAUCGAAGGAGCGGUAGGGGGAGCGCAAGCAUGAAUAUAAUUUCAAACCUCCCCUUCUUCCUAUUAUGUAUUUUUUUGUGAAUCCCGUAGCGGGGUUCGUUUUUUUUUAUUAGUCACUUGAUUAACGCCUUAAUCAAGCACUUGUUAAAUAAUUUUUUUCUUUCCUUGUCGACGAGCAAUCCUUUUUCACUUUGAUCUAAAUAAGUAUUCAUAUAUUUACUGAUUCGAUACAUCUAUUGUUUAAUUUUCGACAUUUUUGAAAUGGUAUUUCUUCAGGAUUUACCGCGAAUAUGUUUAGGUAGGAUUCUUUUGAAUUUUUAACGUCUCAGGUGACUGCCUUUUAUAUUAUAACAAACCAAAGAUAAUUUCUUUCAUUUUUGUUGAUAUAUUGUCACUUGUUGUGACGUUCGCGAGAUGUGACGAUCGUUUUUGCAACAUACACAAGUGAUAGCGCCUAUUUUUUUACGUACACAAAAAGUAGCGACCUUCUUUGUGAUUUGAGAUAUACAUUCCUUUUUAUUCACUAAUACGAGAAAAUUCGCCGUUUUAGCGAUUAUAUUUGGACAAAUUUUGCGCCUUUUUUGCGAUAAUAACAUAUUUAUAAUACACACGAGAAAUUGUCUUUAAGGAACAUAUGUAGCACCUUUUUGGUAUAUAUGUUUCCUAAACCAGUACUGGCGCCCUUUUUGUGACAUACACGACACAUGACGUUCUUUUUUACGACAUUCCUUAAAUGGUAGCGCCCAUUGUUUUAUAGUUACAAGAAAUAAGUACAUUUUUUUAGUAUCUAUGAGAUACCAUUCUUUUUAAACACAAAUUCGAGAAAAAGCUUUAUUUUCAAAAAUCGCAAAAUACAUUUAUUUUAUUUGGCGCCCUUUUUGCCACAUUAACUAGAAAUUUCGAUUUAUAAUACACGAAAAAUUAUGAUUUUAUGGAACAUAAAUUAACGCCUUUUUUUGUAAAUAGACGUUUUUAAAUGUAAUAGACUUAGGUAUGUUUCUUAAAGCAUCAUUAGCGCCCUUUUUGUGUAACCUAUAUGUUAUUUAAGUAACAGUUUUGAGAUUUAAGUGACAUUUUUGUUGUAGACACGAGAGCUAAUGCUAAUUACGGCAGA